CGUGCGUAGGAUGUGGUAGUUAUUCCCAGACUUGAGGGUCCAAUUGAAGUGUGAUAAGCCAAAAUAGUCAUUGUCCACGUCUUUAUACUAAAAACAAAAUUAAUUUACAAUAGAAGAAAGAAACUUUCGUGAGACAUUAUGUAAUAUUUAAUGAAAAAUGUUUAUUUAAAAAAAUACUUUGACAAAGAAAGAAGUCCACGGUGGCUCCCCAAUUUGUUCCAGAUACGCCGUAAGGACUUGAGACAUUUUUGGCUUAUUUAUCACUCGUUUAAAUAGCAUUUAAUCAGCCUUUCAUUAUUCCCAAAUUCCUUCUUUUUAGCUGUUUUAAUAUUAAUUUAUUUGUAGCCACCAAAGAGAAUUUGGAGAAAUGAAAUGAAAAUGAAUUAGUAGGAGGAAUAAAAUGUUAAUUUAUUAAUUUCCACGUGUAAAUAUUAUUUGUUUUUUACCUGCUCUUGCAAAUUAAUUUUUUUGCUGCACAAUUCUUAGAAUUCACACGGAAAAUACAAACAUUUCGCACGAAAUCAGCUGUUUAUUAACCUCUCGUAGUUUUCAUUGAUAAAAUUAAGCUUAACAUGUGUCCCAUCUACGGCUGCACAGCUUUGGGAACAUUUCCACCAAUUGAUUCUUAUAUGAGAAGAUUGCUUCAAUAUGGGACAUAGUAAUACCUGAAAGAUUCCUCAAUCAAACCAAUAAAAAAAUUGGAUCUCAGUAGUUUGUGACAUUUGUGAUCUCUUGCGGUUAAUUUACCGGCAAAAAUAUUAAAAAAUUCUCAAGUAAAAAUGGUAAUUGAGGUGAAAUUGCGUGGGUAUGAAGCCUUCAUUGAGUACAUGAAGAAUUUGGAUGCAAAAGGAGAAAAUGUGAAUGUCUACUUUACCGGAGAUAAAGUCGAUGGAGUCUCUUGGUGUCCAGACUGCAAUGAUGCUGAACCCCAUGUCCGGAAGGCUCUUCCCUUGGCCGCCCCCAACUCUUACUUCAUCUACGUCGAAGUGGGGGAUCGUCCAUUCUGGAAAGACAUGAAGUGCCCAUUCCGAACUGAUAAGAACAUCCAUAUCAGUGUAUUACCAUCAUUUAUCCGCUGGAAAUGCCCACAACGCCUUGAGGGUGUUGAGAAGAUCUCCAAGGAUGAUCUGCUGGAGAUGUUCCUUACGGAUGAUUAGUGCAGAGCGGAUUAAUUUUUCCAGGAUAAUUUUACACAAUAUAUAUUUUUCUCAAUAAGA